CAUCAGCACCGUCAUCCUCACUGCCCCUCACCGACAACAACACCCACACCCUGACCCACGCCCACAACCACCACGACCAGGUGACGGUCUCACCAUCGUUCUUCAGUCUUGUCUUCCUGGGGCUUUCCAUCUAUGAAGCGCCAGGCCCCUCUCCAGACUCUUUACGAUCUGCAGAAUGCUCAGUCCGACAGUACUCGUGUCGAAGCACUCAAGGCUAUCAAACAUGACUUGACCGGCCAUCUCUCGCGUAAAUCCCUCUUUGUCAAUGCCGGUCUGAUCGAUGCGCUGGCGGCUGCUCUUCCGCCAUUAGACUCUUCCAGAGACGUCAAUCAGCUGUACCUUCAAUCAUCUCAAGUCCUUGCGGUACUUGCACAUGAAGGGCCCUUGUUUCUACGGCCACUGCUUAGCACUGCCAUACUGCCUCAGUUAAUUGCCAGUCUCACCGCACCUACUUCACCCAAGACUUCUCUCGCCGUCCUCAAGUCUCUCGUCGCCAUUGCAGAUCACCUCCCAGCUCAUCUCGCAGACCUUUUAUAUUCGAAGACUCACAUAAGAUGCUUCGCCUAUAUCAUCCGACGAGCUGGGUCAGAGGCACAGUCUCCACAGGCCUGCGAUCUUAGCUUGACCUUGAUGUGCAAGACUGUCGCCGCUGAUGCACACAAGCGUGCCCUCGUUGAAGCUGGGGUCUUAUCCGCUCUUGCUGCCCGCCUGGCAUCUUUUGUCGUUGCACAAGGUCUGGUACCUCCGUCUUCUGAUACGCUCGACUUGGACAACGGGCCUUCGGAUGUCAUCCCAGACCCUGCCCCCUCAUCCGCCCAUUUGUCUCCUGUCCUCGAGUCGAUCGCACUCUUGAUUGAUAAGUCGAAAUCCCGCUCGCGACUAUUUAUCAAUGACCCUUCCAUCAAACUGGUACUGCCAGACCAAAGAGAUGGUUUCUCGCCCUCGGACAUUCGCCGGGGUCCCUGGGGAGGCAGCUACUUAUCAGGAGCCGCCGUGCCACGCAACAGCACUCACGGACCUUUUGAUCCUUUACUACCUUAUGUUCCCACAACCGACAAGUCUCUCUCCAAUGAUCAGACUGCUUUCCCUCCUCUUGGUCCAGUCCUUCCCUUACCGAAGCGUAGAACCUCCUUUCUCCCAACCUCGACACCAAAUCCCGACCUAUCUCAACUCACUUUCGGAUCCGUCGAUGCCGAGGAAGGACCAGAGAGCUCAGUUGUGCCGUAUCUCCUUUACCUCGUCCGCGAAUCACGAGGGAAGCGCCGCCUGUUGGCCACCAAGUUACUCGUCGCGCUCUAUAAUCUGGGCCAUGUGAGACGACAUCGCAGAUCCACCUUCACAUCGCUUCUGGCGCCAUUGUUGACUCGGAUGCUGGAGCCAGAUUUGAAGCAAGACACCCUCCAUCAGAAUCCGGGUUCUUUGCUGUGCAAUGGGCUGCACUAUACCAAAGCUGUUCCUGCCGUCCUUGCAGGGUUGAUCAAUGACAAUGCAGAUAUGCAAAAAGUGGCAGUCGAGGCCAAAGCAAUAUCCAACCUUUCGGCCAGUUUAAAGAUGACUUUUGAGAGCCCUCUCGAACCGAAGCUGGCCCCAUGGCAACCAUCCAAGGUGUCGGACAACAUGGUUGAUGAUCGCAUGGGAGACAACGAGACCGAUCAAGACAAUGUGGAGAUACCACUUCCCCUACGCCGAGAGAUGGAUUUCCGCCAAGGCUGCCUUCAAGCGCUCGCAGCGAUAGCCUUGUUCCGCGACUCGUACCGAAACGAGAUCUGUGCUCAGGGAGUCCUGACUCAUAUUAUGGCAGCGCUGGAGCCCUUGCACAUACACACUCAUGCCUCGGGCGCGACCGAGAUCCGUGGAAAUACAACACCGGUGAUCCUGGCGGCGUGUAGUGCCGUACAAGUCUUGACACGAUCGGUUCAGGCGUUGAGAACUAAAUUGAUUGAAGCAGAGGUGAUCAAACCAAUAGUUUUAUUGAUGAGCUCGACCAAUGCCGAUAUCCGAAUCGCCGCUACCAUGGUGCUGACCAACCUCGCCAUCGACUUCAGUCCCAUGAAGGAUGGGGUGGGUGAGUCGACGAUGGUGAAGAAGCUUUGCGAACAGGCUCAUUCUGCCAAUGCCAGACUUCGAUUGGAGUCACUGUGGGCUCUGAAGCAAUUGGUUUUGAACGCAAGUAAAAAGCUGAAACAGGAGGUGGUGGAUGAGCUGGGGGCAAGUUGGAUCAAACUGCUCAUCAAGACCGACCCCAACGACAUUCCCGAGGGGGAGGUGAUUGGGCUGGUGGAAAGGGAUUACCCACCGCUCAAUACGUUUCAGCCCUUGCUAUCACCUCACGUGGCGGGGAAAGACGUGGUCAUGAGUGAUGAUUCGGACGACAGUGAGGGUGACGAAGAGAAGCAAGAAGAGGACGAGUCCACGAGUUCCGGUUUCAGCACCAAACAUACGGUAGAGGAUGAUACCGAGAUUCAGGCACAAUUACUGGAUCUUUUGAGAAACCUAUUCUGUGGAGAAAAUGCGUCUGACUUGGUCAAGUACGUGUUUGAUGAAAUGGGCCAGGAUGACUUUUUCGACAUCUUGGUGGACCGGCUCAAGCCUCGAACCGCCGCAUUGGGGCCCACCCGCAAGGAUGAUCACACCAUCGCCGCACCGAGCGUGAUUGUCAUUCGAGUGCUUUACAUCCUGGUCCACAUUGCUGCGUGCGAGCCUCGGUGGAGAAAUGCACUGGCGUCGAACCAUGCGUUGACGAAGCAGGUGCUGACGUUUUUCAGUCAUUCGGACCGGGAAAUAAGAGCCACGUGUUGCUGGAUUGCGACUAGUCUUACGUACGAGGACGAUUCGAGCAGCCGAGCGUUGUGCCGGCAGCGAGCACUGGAACUGCACAAGGUUGGAUUCAUGCCGCAACUCAAAAAGCUGGAAAAUGAUGCGGAUCUGAAUGUCCGGGAACGAGCUCGUGCGGCUGUCCAUUUGAUCACCAAGUUGAUAGCUUCUUAGCAGGGUUUACAUGCCCGAGUAUAACAUAACGACUGCUGAUGAGACCAGUGCCGUUGAUUUAUGAGACAG